AUGUGUUUAGACAUUAAUAUAGUUUCAGCCAGAGGCCUUACUGGAGUUGACCCAGCAUCCAAACCCAAGCUAUACGUCGUCGUUUCAUUCUUCGGCGCCGCGGUGAACCAGCAGAGGGCACGGACCAACGUGGACAAGGACGGCGGCGGAAAUCCUACGUGGAACUUUGCAGUGAAAUUCGCCGUCGACGUGGAGGCAGUAAAGCAAGGUAUAGAGGGUAGUCUUGUCUUUGCUCUUAAAUACGAGGAUGGGAGGGGAGACAGAGAUUUAGGGGAAGUCCACGUGUCGGUUGCGGAGCUUUUGCAGUCUGCUGGAGAUGAAAAAUCCAUGCGAUACGUUGCCGUUUCGUAUCCGGUUAGAAAACCGUCGGGAGAGACGGUGGGCGUGUUGAAUUUCGAAUAUAAAUUUGGUGGUUCUCCGGCGAGUGAUACACCGGCGGCUGGUUUCCCCACGAGAAGCAUCGGCAUAUAUCCACCGCAAUAUUGCUAUCCUCCGCCACCACCUGCGGCAGGAUACGGCAGCUACCCACCACCACCACAACCGUCCUGUCCAUAUCCACCGCCGCCGCAAUAUCACUACACUCCGCCGCCGACAUAUCAAUCGUACAACGUUGGACCAUCUGCAACGUUGCCGUAUCCACCAAACAACGCCGGACCAUCAGCAGCGCCACCGUCACCCUAUCCACCGUACAACAUCGGACCAUCAGCAGCGCCACCAUCACCAUAUCCACCGUACAACAUCGGACCAUCAGCAGCGCCGCCGUAUGCAAAUCCAUAUGCCCCACAACCAACUCACGUGCAGGCACGUGCACCGCCGGUUGAGCAACGGUCGAAGCCGAAGAAGAAAAAAUCGGUAUGGGGAUCAGCACUGGGGGUGGCCGGUGCAGUUGCAGUGGGAGUUCUCUCCGGCGUAGUGGGGUCGUCGCUUGAGCUCCCGGCGGGGCCAGAUGUCACGGAUUUAACGGCUGGAUUUCAACCUCCGGAUCCAACGGCUCUUGCCCCAACAGAUCUCUCGUUCAUUAAUACGUUUGAUCCCGAAGCUUUCAGGGAUGCCACUUACGUUGAUUACAGUUCGCUUAUUUAA